GGUGGAGUGGCUAGAGGCGAGAGGCGGCGGAGGCGGGGGGGUGGGGGGGGUGGGUGGGGGGGAGAGUGAGUGAGUGGCAGAGUGAGUUUACCCCUAUGAGACUGUGAGAGGCCCGGGGCCUACCUCAGAGGAGCGGGGUCACGACUCUAGCUAGCAGCGGGCCCCCUCCCGGUCCCCGGGCCCGGCGGCGCGGCGGCAGCGGCUCGGCGGCGGCGGCUCGGUUGUGAGGAGGCGGGGAAGCGGGUGUCCGGCCCCCGCCAUGGAGGGCAUGGACGUGGACCUGGACCCGGAGCUGAUGCAGAAGUUCAGCUGCCUGGGCACCACCGACAAGGACGUGCUCAUCUCAGAGUUCCAGCGGCUGCUCGGCUUCCAGCUUAACCCUGCCGGUUGCGCCUUCUUCCUGGACAUGACCAACUGGAACCUACAAGCAGCAAUUGGCGCCUAUUAUGACUUUGAGAGCCCAAACAUCAGUGUGCCCUCUAUGUCCUUUGUUGAAGAUGUCACCAUAGGAGAAGGGGAGUCAAUACCUCCUGAUACUCAGUUUGUGAAAACAUGGCGGAUCCAGAAUUCUGGGGCAGAGGCCUGGCCUCCAGGGGUUUGUCUUAAAUAUGUCGGGGGAGACCAAUUUGGACAUGUGAACAUGGUGAUGGUGAGAUCGCUAGAGCCCCAAGAGAUUGCAGAUGUCAGCGUCCAGAUGUGCAGCCCCAGCAGAGCAGGAAUGUAUCAGGGACAGUGGCGGAUGUGCACUGCUACAGGACUCUACUAUGGAGAUGUCAUCUGGGUGAUUCUCAGUGUGGAGGUGGGUGGACUUUUAGGAGUAACGCAGCAGCUGUCAUCUUUUGAAACGGAGUUCAACACACAGCCACAUCGCAAGGUAGAAGGAAACUUCAACCCAUUUGCCUCCCCGCAAAAGAACCGACAAUCAGAUGAAAACAACUUAAAAGACCCUGGGGGUUCUGAGUUCGACUCGAUCAGCAAAAACACAUGGGCUCCUGCUCCUGACCAAACUGAGCAAGACCAGGAUAGACUGUCACAGAACUCUGUAAAUCUGUCUCCCAGCAGUCACGCAAACAACUUAUCAGUAGUGACUUACAGUAAGGGGCUCCAUGGGCCUUACCCCUUCGGCCAGUCUUAAACGGGUGUCAGCAAGAAGAAAAAUUAACAAAAGACAGAAGGCCUGACUUUGGGGGGUAGGGCAAGGGGUUCCUCUGGAUUGCAGACCACAUCGCACAGACCCCUGGCUCUGACCCCCUCUCAUCCUGGAAGAAGAGGAAGAAGCAGAACAGACUAGUUUUGAGUAAACUCAGUAUGCAUGUGUGAAUGCUGAAUCCCAGGAAUGGUGUUGAGGCUACCAAGAAGAAAUCCAUGCAGCCACUUUGGGUUUUGUUUAUAUAGGCAUCAGUCUAACAAGUCAUUAGGUCACUGGGGAAGGGGGAAGAAGUUUAAAAUGGGGGAAAAAGCCAUCUUUUUAAACAAAAAUUAUUUUGCCUACAGAGAGGUUGUAGUUUUGAGCACAUGCUAAUUUUUUCCCCUUUCCCUACUUUUAUUUUUUUAAAUAAGGGAUAACAUAUUCUUUAUAGAAUAGUGCUUGCUCUGGAAGAGAUUCAGGUAAAAAGUUGGCAUGGCAUAUUUGAGGACUCUGCGGAUCAGUGCUACAGGAGUACAUCUGCUGUGCCACAUGACUCCAGAAGUCUCUGACGCCAUUUGUUUUUAAUGGCAUCAGCCAAUGAGUUGUCACCCCUUUCCUCCUCUUUUCUCUUUAAUCUUCUGUUGAUUUACACCUUUGACAUUUGUGUUUGUCAACCCUGUGGCUUGUUAGCAUCAGAACCUCUCUGAAGACCAAACUUCCCUGUGUGGCCAGCAGAGGAAGCCUUGAGGAUAGAUCUCGGGUGACGUGGGAUUUUCUGAGCCCGAGAGGUGUCCUUCUGCAUACCCUUGUAACAAUUCAAAUUGCUUUUCUUCCAUGUUUCUCUUGGCAGAGAGAAAUGCCGUCAUGCUUACUGCUCUUUUGGAUUCUUCAUGCAGUGGCUUCCCAUUUGCUCUGGGAACAGUGCCUCGGUGCUGGGUGUAUGUAUGCACCACGUGUGCACGCACGGGUGUUGGUGCAACUUGCCAGCAAGUGUGCAGCAGGCAAGCUUUGAAGGCAGCCCAUGCUUCUCUGUUGUCACACAACUCCUUUCCCUGUUUCCCUUCGGUUGUCCUCUGUGAUAAUUUCACAGCCUGUUAGUAGAGACUGAGCUGUUAAGGUAUGAAAAUACAACCCCAGAUGGGGAAUUUGUCGUGGGGAAGGGCUAGCCACUGCCUACUUGAUCUUGGAGACCACAAUUAGAUGGAAAUGAGAGGACCUCCACAGCCCUGCCUCCCUGCCAGGAUGCUUGGUUAUUGGCUGGGAGGUGGGCAGGUGGCAGCCCAGCUGAAGCAAGAGGCUGAUUGGCUGGCUGCUCACUCAGGCAGGUGGUCACCCUGACAUCCCGUGGAUUCUGAGCAGGUUGAGAUGUGGAUCUCUUCAUGGGAAGCUUGAACCAGGCUAGAACAGCUGUCUGCCAAAGAUACAAGAAUAUGCAAACUCCCUCAUCUCUUCUCACCCCCCUCCUUCCCUCAAGUCUUAGUUGGUUUGAGAGCCAAGGAUAUGGAUCCAGGGUGCUGUUGCAGGGUCACCUGCCUGUUACCACAUCCCUAUCCAUCUGGGUGGUGGAUGGGGUAUGAGACAGGCAGGGAGACCAGGUGAUGAGUGGCUGCAAGGAGUCAUAUAGCCUGGGUGUGGGUGAGGGUCUGCCUGCCUGUUUCUGUCUGGGUGUCUGAGUUCCAAAAAAUGUGUGUUGUUUGUUCCUCCUCAUCCUCUUCUGAGACUCUUGUUUUUUUAAAGCUUGAUUGUGGGAGAAAAGCUUGUGUGAAAUUCCCUCUUCAACUCCCCAGCCCCCCCAAAAUAAAAGGGCGCAUAACCUUUA